GCGGAAGCAGCAAACAGGUCCGCUUCUCUCUCUUUCCCGCUUCUUUGGAUUAGCUUUUACUUUUAUCGCCUUUUGCAUCAAGCUCUUCUUCUGCUCUCUCAUCUCAACAUGAAGCUCGUCAGGUUUUUGAUGAAGCUGAACAAUGAAACGGUUUCGAUUGAGCUCAAGAACGGAACUGUCGUUCACGGCACCAUCACAGGUGUGGAUGUCAGUAUGAACACCCAUUUGAAAACAGUGAAACUUACAUUGAAGGGCAAAAAUCCUGUGAGUUUGGAUCACCUUAGUGUGAGGGGUAACAAUAUUCGCUACUAUAUCCUGCCUGACAGCUUAAAUCUUGAGACAUUGCUGGUUGAAGAGACGCCAAGGGUGAAGCCCAAAAAGCCAACUGCUGGCAGGGCUUUGGGACGUGGAAGAGGUCGUGGGCGUGGGCGUGGACGUGGUCGAGGCCGUUAAAUAUGUUGCUCGUUUUUUAAAUUUUAGUGACAGCUGGGUGUGUAGACAGCUUUGUUGUAGUGAGAAUUUGUGGGUGAUGAUACGUAUUUAAAGGAAUUGUAUUGGUAUUUUACUACUAUUUGUGAUUAUUUAUUGGAUUGGCUUACAUGAA